CUGAAUAGUUGCGAGAUGGCGGAAAGAAAAUACAGUGAGGUUGCAGUCGGACCGUGUUCUUCGACAGUCUCAUACAGUGAGGUUGCAGGCGGAUUGGGUCCUUCGAAAGUCGCGAAAGCGCGAAAAAUUUGUAUUAUUGGAACCGUGGUAAUGGGCGGAAUAAUUUUAUUGAGCGGAAUAGUGGUGUUGGGCGUAAAAUUACGUAAUGCUAAUCAAAGACAAGGUCACGAUGCAACAAUAACAGUAAUCACGAGUUUGAAGGCAGCUCAUAAUGUACUGAAUAAAUUAAACACCAGUGAGGAUCCUUGCAAUAAUUUUUGGAAAUAUUCUUGUGGGGAAUACAUACAAACUCGAAAACCGUUACAGACAUCGAAAUUCAGCUUAGACAUGAACGUAAAAGCAGAAAUGCAGCGAUCCAUUGAUGAAAACGUUAUUGCUUUACUUGAAGAACCAAAUGACGAGUCUACAAUAGAACCUGUCAGGAUGAUCAAGAAGUUGUACAAGUCUUGUACAAACAAAGACACUAUAUCAAUGACAUUGAAGGCGGAUUUAAUAAACCUAUCUGAAACAUUGGGUGGAAUACCUAUGAUAACAGGGCGAAACGUUUCAGGCAAUCAUUCCAGUAUCUUACACAGAUAUUUCACUGUUACAGGAAAGUUACCUUUCUUCAAUUACUAUGUCGUUGAAAGCAGUCAAAAACGCAGCAGUAUAGUCAACUUUCAUUCUACAUUUCGAAGUUAUAGUGAAUCUGUUGGAAAUAUGGCUGCCACUAUGAAAAUAUUAUUUUCUGAAUACAUUGACUUCGAAAACGUUUUUUACUUUUACAAUAAGCUGUCAACGCUAACUGGAAGGCGAUAUUUUAAAUCCGUAGAUGACUUUUCAAGCGGCUUUCUAUAUACAUCACAUGAUUUAAAUCAAAUUUUAUCUGGUUUGGAUCUGAUGGGUAUCUUUGACGACAUCCUCAACGUUACAAAUGAAACAUCGAAGAAUGCAACGUUCAUGACAGAACAUGCAGAAAUGCUUAAAGAUAUCAGCAGUCUCAUCCUCAAAACACAUCCAACAGAUUUCAUGAACAUUGUUUUCCUUGAAAUUCUUCAAGAGUUCUAUGGAGUGAUACCUGCUUUCGGAAUACACUUUGUCAAAUCAUUAACUAGUGGUGUAAGGACUAAUACAUAUGCAAGCAAGCAAUUUUUGGCACCUCAACGUAGAAAGUCUUGUUUAGAUGUAACUAAAUUGGCCGGAGACGUACUGGGCUGGAUGUAUAGUGAAAAACAUUUCGAUGAGGAGGUUGAAGACGAGGUCUCUCAAAUGGUGAGUUAUCUCCUACGAGCUGCAGAGAAGUUAUUAUCUGAGGUAAACUGGGUAGACACCAAGAGCAAAUACUUAGCUUCACAGAGACUUGAGGACCUCAAAAACCGAAUCCACAUAGGUCGUCAAAAUACAGAAAAGACCAAGGAUAAUCUGAUUAAAAGCUAUGCAGAUGUUUCUCUCACCCACAAGUUUCUAUCGAACAUAGUUACAAUGAGUAAAGUGAGUAAUCAGCUUGGGAGAAGACUAAAGAACAACAAGACCAUUGUAAACCAAAAUGACGUGAACGCUGUUUAUAAUGCAUUAUCUAAUUCAAUAACUAUCCCCGUUGCACUGAUGAAGCCUCCACUAUUUAUCAAAGGCGCGCCUAUGUGAGUAUUAUUGUUGUUGUUGUUGUUGUUGUUGUUGUUGUUGUUGUUGUUGUUGUUGUUGUUGUUGUUAUCAAGUCGGUGAGGUAGCAAAAUCGUCAGCACACCGGAAAAUUUUUUCAGAUCAAACUCUACCGAGGUUGAUUUUGCUUCUCAUUAUUCGACCUCGAUAAAAUCAAUACCAGUCAAUCAAUGGGCUCCAUGUAAUCGAUUGUCACCCUUCCUCAAUUCUUCUAGCCUUGUACCUAUAGCAGAAAGGAUUCUUUUUAUUGUUGUCGUUGUUGACAUUGUUACAGCAAGCAGAGUCAGUGUAGCAUCAAAGAAAAAGCUUCUGGUAUACGUUCCUCUAUUUUAUGUGCUGACAUCAAAACUAGUCGAGGCCAACACAUUUAUCCCUCU